UGCCUAAACAGAAGCACGCGCCUCCCGUGGCGCGUGCAUAUGCAAGCGGAACUCAUCUCUAUUAAUAAACCCCUUCCUCUUCAAAUCCAAUCCAAUUGCAUCAGUAAUCUUCAUUCCCAAAUCGAUGACGUCGUCUGAGCCGGAGCCUUCGAUGCAGCCGUUCAAGUGGCACUACGCGGAAUUCGACGACAGCAGCUUCCAAAUCCGAGGGCGCACGCUCUUCCUCAUCGUUGUCCUCUUCUCCGUGAUUCUCCUGGUGGGGUUGCUCUUCCUCUACGCGCGGUGGGUGUGCCGCUUCGACCCCCCGCCCCCACCGAGCGUGCAGCUUCCCCUCCCUCCACGGCUGGGACUCGACGCCGCCGCCAUCGCCGGCCUCCCCAUCGUGCUCCACAAGGCGGAAGGAGAGUGCUGCAUAUGCCUCGGAAUAUUCGGCGACGGAGAUAAGGUGAAAGUGUUGCCGCCCUGCCAACAUUGCUUCCACUCCGAGUGCGUCGAUAAGUGGCUCCUCACUCAGUCGAGUUGCCCACUCUGCCGCUCCUCUAUCCGAUUCGACUCACCUGUUUGACUCGCCAUUUCUUUUUUUCAUUCCAAAGUGGGAUAUACUGUUGCAGUGUAAAGCUGCUUUUUUUUUUUGCAUAGAUUGUAGAAUCUUUGCUGGAAACUGUAGAUAAUUUCGAGUAUUCUUUUUCAAAAACUAGGGAUAAUUAAUUGAUUUGGGUGUUCUGUCU